CGCCAGCUGAUUUUUCUCGAUCGAUCAUGAUGAUGAUGCCCUCGGCUAGCAUGCCUCGUCGCCCUGAUGAGGCUCCUAACUACGAGACCGCUCCUAUGGAACACAAGAAUGAGUUCAAUCCUUACAUGGACAAUGGAGGGACCUGCAUCGCUGUUCCUGGUGCCGACUACUGCGUGGUCUCGACUGACAAUCGUGUUAGUAAAGGGUAUUCUAUCGCAACCAGGAAUGGAUCUAAAAUCACCAAACUGACGGAGCGUUGUGUGAUUACUACCAGUGGAAUGUUGGCCGAUCAGAUCACCCUUCACAAGGUGUUGAAGAAUCGAGUAGCUCGCUAUGUCCAUGAGCACAGGCGAGAGCCGACCGUGGGUGCCGUGGCUCAGAUGCUGUCGAAUAUUCUGUAUUACAAGCGAUUCUUUCCAUACUACACUUUCAACAUGAUUGCUGGCAUUGAUGAGAACGGGAAAGGUAAAGUAUACGGUUAUGAUGCUAUCGGCUCAUUUGAGUCCAUCCCUUGUGGUGCCCAAGGCAGUGGUAGCUCCCUGGUCCAGAGUAUCCUUGAUAACCAGUUGACGAAGGCUCAUCAGCAGCUUGCUUCCCAUGAGGCUCUCACUGAAGGGCAGAUGGUCGAACUGUGCAAGGACGUGAUCGCCUCUGCUACAGAAAGGGAUAUUCAUACGGGCGAUAGCAAUACGAUAUGCACGAUCGACUCGACGGGCAUCAAAAUACAAACCUUCGAGCUGAGGAAGGACUGAGUGGGACGGACCUAGACACUAGUGCUGGUCAUCGUGUGCUGAUGAGUACUGACAAGUUUCGAUGAUCACUCUUUCC